ACUAACAUUCUAAAUUAAAUGUAGUAAGUGCACAUAUGACAAGCCAUUCAUUAGUGUUGAACGUGGUGUACGUAGCAUAUCUAGUUAUUUUUAAUUUAUAAAAAUGUUUAAAAUUGUUGUAAUGUUCCUUUUGGCGCUAUCGACAGCCAUAAGCCAGGCACCCUACGACUAUUACCACGCGUUACAUCUACCCCACGACCCUCCCCUUUACCCUGUGUUUGACAAGCCUCCCCCCACACAGUUUAGUUGUGCUGGCCGCCCUAGGGGGUACUAUGCUGAUGUACAGAGUGGUUGUCAGGCGUACCAUUUCUGUUGGCGACAACAUUUAGUUAGCACGGAUUUGUGCACCAAUGGAACUUUAUUUAAUGAACAAUUUCAGGUCUGUGAUCACUUCUACAACGUGAGAUGCGGCUCACCCUAUGAAGAUCUGUAGUAUUAUCAAGUUAACUAUUUAUUGUAAUAAAAUAUAUAUUUAUUAUUUA